AAGACGUCAGGGAAGCAAUGGCGGUCUGUGCUGCUCUACCGUAUUGGCUUUAAACUGUUGCCAGAGGUGAGAAACUACGCGUUUUCUUUUCGCUUUCUCCAAAGGCUCUCCGAAAGAGGCGCAAAGCGCACGGUGCUUUUAAUGCCGCAGCGGAUGGACGGUCGCGCUUCUCUCGGCUUUCGGCAGCACGGAGACGUUUGCUCGACACUCCAGUCGGUUUGACCAUCUUAGCCGACGAGCAUUUGAAGAAAGUAUGGUUGACAUGCUAAAGACGCGCCAGUGUCUGCUCGGUGUGCGCACUUUCCUCGGCGUGACCUCCAGAAUAUGGAGCUUCUUCUUAUACAUCCUCAGGAAGCACAUACGGACGAUAAUCCAGUAUCAAACAGUGCGCUAUGACAUCUUACCAUUGUCACCCAUUUCCAGAAACAGACUCAACACCGUGAAGCGAAAGAUCUUAGUUUUAGAUCUCGACGAGACGUUGAUCCACUCACAUCACGAUGGAGUUCUCAGACCUACAGUGCGGCCUGGGACACCGCCAGACUUCAUCCUCAAAGUGGUAAUAGACAAACACCCGGUCAGAUUCUUUGUACAUAAAAGGCCGCAUGUGGACUUCUUCCUGGAGGUGGUCAGUCAGUGGUAUGAGUUAGUAGUGUUCACUGCUAGUAUGGAGAUCUAUGGUUCUGCAGUAGCUGAUAAGCUGGAUAACAACAAGGGAUUCCUAAAAAGAAGAUACUACAGACAGCACUGUACGCUGGAUUCAGGUAGUUAUAUUAAAGACCUGUCCGUUGUACAUGACGACUUAUCAAGUAUAGUCAUUCUUGACAACUCACCGGGAGCAUAUCGCAGUCAUCCAGAUAAUGCAAUACCUAUAAAGUCAUGGUUUAGUGACCCCAGUGACACAGCACUUCUUAACCUGCUGCCCAUGCUGGAUGCACUACGAUUCACGGCAGAUGUACGAUCCGUCCUGAGCAGAAAUCUCCACCAGCAUCGACUCUGGUGAUCAUCCGACCAAGGGCUUUCUUCAAGUCCGCUCUUCUUUUUUUGCUUUUUGUUUUUUUCCAACUGCUUCCCUCUGCCUGUCCAUUCUCCCUCGACUCGUCGCCUCCCGGAAACGGCCUUACGUGAGGGCCAUCGGGAGGAGAGUGUCCCGAACUCAAAGGGGAUGGAAAAGGCAAACUUUAGGAUGUUUCGGGAAGCUUUUUUUUUUUAUUUUUUAUCCCUACGUUUUUUUUGUCCCUUCUUCAAAAUGGAGCCUCUGCCUUACAGCUCUACCUAUGCUGAUUGUGUGUGUGAGUUAUGUUUGUGGUAUGCGUGUAUGAGGACAUCUGCUGUUUUUCUUUUUAAAUAUUUGAAGAUAUUUGAGGCAAGAAAAAAGACAGACCUUUUCGUGACUUGCGUCUUCGAUCCCAGCUUGGGACGUCAUACCUCACUUCUAAAGGUGGUGCGAAUGGAGAUCUGCUCAGAACUGGCCAGCAGCACUCUGCACAUCCAAUAGAGUUCACUGGAAAACUAUUGUUGACACGGAUUUAUUACAUUACGUUAUGACAGACUUUCAGGGUUAUCAUGGUAGAGUUAUAUAUGCUAUAAUUGAGGUACUGUCUUUGAAGACAUGGGGUUUUAAUGACUUGUAUGGUAGGCCUGUUCAAAUUCGGAUCAUGAAGAUAAAUUCUGCAGCAGAUUCUUAAGUUUUUUGGCAGUAAAUGAAUUGGUCAUGAUUAUCAGGGAGGAUGUAAUAGAAUACGAGCUUUGAAGAAGCUGAACGACAGAUUUUAAGCCUUUCUGCGCUAAUUGUUCUCUACAGAAUGUAUGUGGUUGGUUAUGAAAUCCUACCACUUGGACACCUUUUUACAAAUGUUUUUGUUUUCCUGAAAAUGUAAUAAUGGCAAGACUUGAAUUUAUAAAACUUAAUUGAAGAGCUGACUGAGCAACAGACUUUUUUUGUACUCAAGGCUAAGUUGGUUUCUCUGUGCACCUGUCAGAUAAUGUCAGUUCUGUUCUCAUCAGUUGUUGAGUCUCAAGGCAGCUUCCUGGGACACAAGUCCGUAGACCUGUG